GUGACCUUCGGAACUUGAACGUCAUCAGCCUGCCCUUCACGUGCCUCUUGCCGCUGCCAAGCCGAGCUCCCGCUCCAGGGGAAAAGGCCGUUUUCGUCGGCGAAGAUCCUGCGCUGGAUGGUUGGCCUUGCAGCUGUGGGCCGCAAGGUCAGCCCUGGACAG